GAGCCUCAGUGGUGUCUUCGGCCGGCGGUCAGCGAAUUCCGAUCUCCUCGGCUCCUCGCCUGUCGGCCAGAGAAGAGUCGACGGCAGGAGCUGGGGCUCAGACCGAGCUGCUUGCUGUCUGCUGAAGUGCUGACAUCUCUCUGUCCUCUGACGCUACAGCCCAGCCAGUGCCGGCAAAAGACGCAGACGUUCAGCAGAAGGAGCCCGUCAGGAGACAUCGCCGUGCCAUCAGGAGCCGCCGCCGUGUCACCCGCCGGACACCCAGCUCACGUCGAGGACAGAGUGCCGAUAGUGAUCGAAGACCAGCGGCGCAGAGCGUCUGACGAUGUUUGGCGGAGCUGCGCUGGUCGGAGCUGUCCUGUCCACGACCAGGCUCGGCCCGCUGGCCGUGGCACAGGCGAGGGGCCAGGUGCCGACGCCCGUUCGCCAGAUGAAGUGUUGUCAGGCAGAGCCCGACUGGGUGACACCAGUCAGCCUGACCUGUACCUGCACACGUGAUACAAAGAUUCAGCUCCAUAAGGACGACAUCCCGGGCUCUGUACUAAGGAUCGCCAUUUCUAACAUGGGUGAUGUAGAAAUCCACGCACGAGCAAUCUUCGCCCUGUCGAGUCUGACCAGUUUGACCAUCGGACGCAGUAAAUCGGUGAGGGUUGUCGGCGACGGACUGGCCCUGAGUGAAGACUCCCCACUGAAGCUGCUGGAAAUGUCGACAAUCGACACCGUCAGGAUGAAUGGCAACUCGCUGUCGCGACACUGGGAUGCCGCCUCGACGAUUAAGUUACGGAACAUUUCGAGUUUAACGUUCUCAGAAAAUGCCUUCAGUCAUGAGUCGACCUCCAAGGGCCCUGUCGUUGAGAUAGCUGAUAUAGGCGAGUUUUCUUCUAACGGUGCCUUUUCAGGACCAGUCGCAAUGCUCACUCUGAAAGAGGUAAAAGAUGCCUUGACCUGCUCACCGAAGACAUUUGGUAAACGCAUCCGGCACCUGAAGCUAGAGCGCGUAACGAUAUCAGAGGUGGAGAGAGGAUGUUUUGCAGGAGGCGGCCACAGCGCACUCGUAAGCCUUUCGAUCCAGUCUUGCGCGUUAACCAACAUACGCUUGUCAGCGAUCCUAGGCGAAUUGGAGCGGCUGGAUGUCAAAAACAGUUAUAUCAGGAGCAUUGCCGAGAGCGCAAUCAACGUCACCGUGUCUAGCGCGAGUAUCACCGACUCGACGGUAGCCCACCUGGCGCGGAGCGGUCUGCAGAUCUGGGCGCGGCACUCGAUCAGUAUCAGCGGCCUCUGGGUGAACCGUCUAGAGCGGGGAGCGCUGAAGGAGCUGCGGGCCGCCGGCGGCGACUCGGCCACCGCGGCGCUCCGUCUGAGUCGGCUGACGGUCGCCCACGCCGACCCCGGCUCUCUGCAGCUGCACCCGUCCGUGGAGCCGUGCGUGUCGGCUCUGGAGGUCGGCAACGAACGGCCGCGGCCCUGUCCCGCGGAGUCGAUGGUGCGGCGACUGGUGGACAGCGACUCCCGCCGACCGCUCUCGGCGGCUGAGCAGCUGGUGCUGCGCCAGCUGCAGCGGCCCGACAGCUGCCCGGCCGACCAGCCCGGGCCGGCCGGCUCCGACUGCGAGGGCGUCCGCUCGGCCGUCUCUGGGGUGGCAGCGGCCGCCGCGGCGCUGGCGCUCCUGUCUUUGGCACUGGUGGUCGUGAUCGCCCUGCUGGUAGCCGGCCGACGCCGUCCGUUUGAUGGCAAGACGAUGCGGUCGGCGGUCGGCACCAAGAAGCGCGGGCUCGGUACCGCUGCGGCGGGGGCACUGAACGGCGGAGCAGGGUCGGCCGCCAGCUCCCUCUGCCACGACACGACAGUCGAGUUCGGCUACAGCUCAGUUCAAUGCCGACCCACAGCGGCGGUGGGCGUUCCCGCCUCCGCCGGCGACUGGGACCCGUAUUCCGAGGUCACUCCUCCUUGCGUCUCCACCGGCGGCCGCGAUCUGUACUCCGAAGUCACUCUGCCACUGUCCGAGCGGAAACGGCAGCGCUCCGGCACCCAGUCGCCGUUGACUGAGGACGAUCAGCCGUCAGCCCCACCUGUGCCGCCAAUAACUCUGGAGCGGCUGAGGCCACUCACCGACGCAACUCACCGGUCACCAGUCGUAGGCUGAAACGGAGGCGGGUCCCCGGAGGUCAGAGACCAGGGUUGAACUGACGCCCAAGCGUCAGUAUGUUUUUAUGAACUCGGCAAGAGAAAAGUGGCAUAACCUCGCAAUACCAGGAAUGACGAAGCACUGUUGCGUAAAUGAUAUUCAUUUGCACAACGUUAACACUGCUGCUGUCGGAUGAAGGGCUCAUAAAGACCGACGAUGGCUGUCAUGUCGUCGGAUUUUGGCACUCAGCUAAUCAGACUGCUUAACCAUCGGGGUAUUCAGCUACCAACUAGACCACUUGCCAGUAUGGUAUGCAAGGUACGUUUCAGCAUGGUGCUUUUCAAGGCGUGCGACACAUAUGUACGCACUUGGUCGGUAUUGUAUAUCUUUUAAUUCACGGUCUAGCGACAACAAAGUUUUUUUUAUAGCUUUUGUUACCCUGCUGUAGUCAGUAACAACAACAGAUUGUGGCAUGACUGUAUGAGAGUUCCCUACAUAUUAUUAGCCUGGAAAGGCUAACUAAUAAACGGCAAUGCGUGAAUAAACAACACCAUCGCAACAAAUACGGCUUUGUAAUGCAUACAUACUCGCAUGAAGCAUGGCUCCAAGUACUAAAACAAGCCUCGCAUGUUAUUAGCUUUAUUUGACAAUACAUUGUGCAAUGUGCAUAAGACUAAUAAAUGAACACAUUCUCAAA